AUGGCUGCUGAGGACGAGUUACUGCUGCCGCAGCUGCCUGAGCUGUUCGAAACGGGCAAACAGUUACUGGACGAAGUAGAAGUAGCGACUGAACCUGCCGGUUCCCGGAUAGUCCAGGAGAAGGUGUUCAAGGGCCUGGACCUCCUUGAGAAGGCUGCCGAAAUGUUAUCGCAGCUCGACUUGUUCAGCUUAACUCAGUGCCAUUGCUAUCAUGUGGCAGAGUUUGAGCUGCCCAAAACCAAGAACCGCUCAGCUGAAAAUCGCACUGCCAAUUCUUCCACGGCUUAUCCUAGCCUCGUUGCUAUGACAUCUCAAAGACAGGCUAAAAUAGAGAGAUACAAGCAGAAGAAGGAGUUGGAGCAUAGGUUGUCUGCAAGGAAAUCUGCUGUGGAAAGCGGUCAAGCAGAUGAUGAGCGUGUUCGUGCAUAUUAUCAUCUUCACCUUCAGAGGUGGAUUGAUACCAGCUUAGAAGAGACUGAGAGCAUUGACCAGGAAAUAAAGAUCCUGAGAGAAAGAGACUCUUCAAGAGAGGCAUCAACUUCUAACUCAUCUCGCCAAGAGAGGCCUCCAGUGAAACCCUUCAUUCUCACUCCGAACACGGCCCAAGCCAAAGUAUUUGGAGCUGGUUAUCCAAGUCUGGCAACUAUGACGGUGAGUGACUGGUAUGAGCAACAUCGGAAAUAUGGAGCAUUACCGGAUCAGGGAAUAGCCAAGGCAACACCAGAGGAAUUCAGAAAAGCAGCUCAGCAACAGAAAGAACAAGAAGGAAAGGAGGAAGAGGAUGAUGAACAAACACUCCACAGAGCCCGGGAGUGAGAUGACUGGAAGGACACCCACCCUAGGGGCUAUGGCAACCGACAGAACAUGGGCUGAUCUUCCCACAACACAACAGGACUACAGGGUGCACAACUCCCCCGCCAAGAAAAACCACGCAGUCCUCUCCUCCCUGGGCUCCCGCUUCAGCUCUGUACAACGAAGGCAAAGAUGCUAAAUCUUGCUUUGCAUUCAGUAAAGUGUCAAGU